CAUACGAAGAGAGCUGUCAGGCACGUACGUUAUAUAGAAAAGCUCCUCGGUAAACGGGCACACGGCAGCAGCACGGCAUGUACGCGAAAUUCGUGUGCGGCAGCAGGUACUCUUUGAUAUGAAAUAUCAGAAAAGCUCAAAGUAUGUAUACGUGUAGGUAGAGUUGGCGGCGGUGAACAGUGGCGCGGAUUAUUCUAUAGGUUUAUGUAGAUGCAGAAGCGUAUGGUCUGUUUAGCCUAGCGCAAGGGAGCUAAAUUGAUGAGUACGUGCUCUUGUAGGUAAAGUAGUGGAGCAUCGAGCUGGAGCGAGUGAGAGAGAGAGAGAAAGAAGAAAGAGGAGAAAAAGGAGGAGGUGGACGAGGAGGGAGGAGGAGAAAAAGGUUGUGCAGAGCGCAUGGGCAAUAGGAGUAGCUAGCUAGCUAGCCGCACAGGAGCUUGCAGCAGGCAGCUCGGCUUGGCGAGCGCGCGCGCGUCAGAGGGCGAAGGGGGAGUCGCGCCCGAGAGAGAGAGAGAGACAGAGAGCAAAGCAGCUUGCAAGUUGCACCCGGCACGGCACAGCCAGCAGCAGCGAGUCGCGCGCCAGAGAAAAACCGAGGCGGCAGUGGAGUACAGAGCACAGAGCAGCACCACAGACGGAGCGCGCAUCAGCAGCACGACUGCAAGAGCCGAAACUCAAACUCGACGCCUGCCGUCGCGCACACGUUCUCUCUCUCUCUCUCUCUCUCUCUCUCUCUCUCUCUCUCUCUCUCGAUCCUCGUCUCGCGCGCGCGCUCCAUCCUAUACCGUUGCUACCGCCGCUGCUCCCUGUGUAUACAUGAUACGCGCUACAACACCACGGCGGACCUGUAAUUGCGCGUGUUCGCAUUACGCGUUCGCCUCCUUGGCUUUGCUCUGAAUUUUGAUUCGCGUGCAGCAGCAGCAGCAGCAGCAGUCUCCUCGUGCGCGUCGUCGUAUAAGCUGCUCUUCUUUGGCGAGUACGACUAAGAAAAGAAAACAUCAAAAGGAAAUUAAGGAAAAAAGAAAAACUGUUCAGUGUCGACGAUCAUCAUCGUCGUCGUCGUCGUCGUCAUCGCCAGUGUCCAGUUCGAGAGUGUACUCUCGCAUUAGCACAGUUUUGGUGGGCCAAUUUUUGUUUACUCACACACAGAGACACGCGUUGUUGUUGCCUGCCUGCCUGCCUGCCUGCGGAUCCGGGGUGGCAGAGCUCCAUCAGCGCGCGCCCGCUACCUGUUGACCCGCAGAGCUCCUCGUUUAUAGCCGUGCGUGUUGCCUGUGCCUGCCUGUACCUGCCUGCCUGCCUGGCGUUCCACAUAGCCAGCGCUGCUGCAGCGGCCCCUCAGGUCAGACGCGCAGCACCUGAAAGAGCGGAUAAUGAUGGGACGUUUUCCGCUCAAAAGGCGACUAAGUUUGCAACCAUCAUCCGUGAGAAACAAUCCAGAUGACGAUCACAGACAUUCUAGUAGGAGUAGUCAACGUGGCGAAUCGGCAGCAAACGGUGGAAAGCCAAUCAAAGUGAUAGUACUGGGACUCGCGAAAGUUGGCAAAACCGCAUUGAUCUAUCAAUUUCUGUACAAUCAAAUUCCAGACAAAUACAAAGCAACCGUCGACGACACGCACAAGGCUACAUUCAACGCGGCGAAGGAUAAAAAAAUUGCCUUUGAAAUUCUCGACACAUCUGGCUCCCUUGAAUUUCCAGCAAUGCUUGAUCUCUCCAUUAAGCAGUAUGAUGUUUUCGUCCUCGUCUACGACGCUAGCGAGCCGAGCACUUUUAAAAAAGUCAAAGAGCUUCGUGAGCAAAUUAUGCGCACCAAAGAUAAAGCUCCAAUUGUCGUUGUGGCCAACAAAAUAGAUAUUUGUGAAGAUAAAGAAAAGGAGGAAAUAAAAGAAAAUGAAAAUAUUGUUACAAAAGAGUGGGGUCAUGGUUUUGUAAAUACUUCGGCAAAGGAGAAUAAGAAUACCUGGAAUGUAUUCCAGGAAUUAUUGAAGCAAGCCAACAUCGAAUAUGAUCUACGGCCAGCCUUGAAUAAGCGACGUCAGUCAUUGCCACCCCCUCAACAUAAUUCGCGAGCGAGUAUAGCUCAAGUCUCUCUAACGCAAGCUCAGCUGCAGCACCUCGAAAAAAUUCGCGAAAAUUCUGAUAGAGGCGCCGACAAAGGUCGUAAUUCGUGUAGUGUUUCGUAAAGUUUUUCAAAUCGAAAUGAAAAUCUUCAUCCUCAAUCCUAUUGAAUGUUACCCAUGCAAGAGUAACUUUUGACAGAUAAUUAACGUGCAAUCAUGUGUCGUUUUAGUGACUUCAUCGGCAUGUUAAUCUCAUUUCAACUUUACCUAUUUCCAAACAAUUGAACAUUUUAUCUGAAUGAUAUUGACAAAUGUAUUAUUCUUCAGAUACAAUAUUAAUCCUAAAACAACGUCUCUUUCGAAACGUUCGUCGGUAUUUUGUUAAAAUUAGGCGUACAAAAUUACAUAUAAUCGAAUUUGAUUGAUAAAUAAAUACUGAUUCUUUUUUUUAUAUCAUAAUUGCUGUAUUAUUUGAAUGAAUUUUGAUUCACACCUAGAAUAAAUGGACGAAUCAUUUUCAUUUUUAAACUGAAUUUAUUUUAAAUCACGAAAAAAAUUUAAUUUAAAACUAUGGCCUUUUGAUUGAAUUAUGUUUGAUUGAAUCACCUAUGUCAUAUUAUUGGAUUAAAAUACUAAAAGAAAAAGAAAGCUUAAAACGUAAGUCCUCAAAAAAAUCCGAUGUAGAAAAGUAUAACGAUCGCAAGUCAUAAAAAUUUUAAUUUUAAUUGUUAUUUCAAUAAUAAUAAAUAAAUAUAUUUAUUA